UCAAAUAAAUAAAUAAAAUCUUUAAAAAAAGAGAGAGAAAAGAAAAGAAAGAAACACUGCUUCAGGCCCCGCACAUCUCCAGAGGGCACCAUUUCCACGGCAAUGAGGGGACCUGGGGAGGAAGUGGUGUUUCCAUGGUGCACGACCUACAGAAGUACUAGUGAUGGCUCUGUUCCCAUCUUCCCCCAUCUUUCAUUCGUUUGUUCAAUCAAUCAAGACAUACUGAGUAGUCGUUCUGUGCCCAUGAGUAAUGUAGGUGCAGUGGGAAUUGUGUCUUUGCCUGUGUGGCAACAUUUACACUUGCAAACAUUAAACAGAAUGUAUAAAGAUGUCAAGAAGAAACUUCGAAUUGUAAGUUCCAUGUUGGUCUCUUUCUCCUUUGCUGUCUUACCCGUCCUCCCCCCCAACCCCUUCCUCUUCCUCAUACACCCACUUGUCGGCUCCGCGGUCACUGGCGAGGUGUUUACUCCUCCCUGGCCCUCUCCUCCCCGGUGUGCUGGAGCUGGUUUGUACAGGCUUGCAAAAGCCAAUGGUUAAAUAUUUCAGAAUGUUGCGAGCUAAUUGUUAAACAAUCGGUAGCUCCAAGUCCAACCGGGCAAGAGGAUUUACAGCACAGAAGUAGGCCCCCGUUACAAGGCAUGGUGGGCUGAUGCUGUUUUUCUGAAUACCUGGUUUUCUAGCACAUCCCCGGGGAGGAAACUUUGCUUUGUCAAGGAAUAUCCUGUCUUUGACAGAGACUCACUUUCCAUGACCAUCUCCCUCCCUUCUCCCCUUCCCAGAUGGAGCCCCAGUUCCCUGGUGGGUACCCAGGAGGUGGAGACCCUGGGGCCUGGUCUUGUGCUAGGAGUGGGGAGAGCAGAGGAAGAGAAAGCAGGAGGGAACAUGGGGGAAAAUGGGACUAAAAAGGCAAACAAUGUAAGAAAGAAGUGAGAAGCAAGAACCCAUGGUGGGCAGAGGUUGGAGCAGGGAAUACCCCUAGUGCCCACCGCACAAUGUCCUCGCAGGUGGUUGGGCCAUAUCCCCAAUAUUCCCACCUGGGGCCAGAAGGUGGCCAGGCUACCCUGAGGAAAUCGCCCUUCCCAAACUACCGUGAAACAGCGCGGCGGUGGGCACCUGCCUGGAGGGGCUCAGGAGGAAAGGGGGCUGGGGAGCUGGACCAGUGGGGCCUGGGGGGCCAGGAUGUUUCUAAGAGCUGGGGGGUCAGGGAGCCUGGACUCCUGGGUCCAGGGAAGCGGGGAGGCCCCGGAUUCCUUACCCAGUGAGACUCAGAGGGUGGGCCCAGACCUCCUCUAUCAGGGCUCUGCCUCCCGCCCUCUCCUGGCAAGAUAUAAAAGGGCAGGGUACCAGGGAGAAAGAACAGGAGCGAGAGUUCCAGCCAGCCUGACCAUGAGCCCAGCCCUGCAGCUAGCUCUCUUGGGCACAACCUUCAUGCUGUCCCGAGUGCAGGCCCUGAUCUGUCAGUGGGGGACACAUAUGUCUCUGAGGAAUGUAUCGGAACUGCCCCUUGAGUGGAGCAGUGGCCAGCAGUCAUGUGAGGAUGGCUGGGGUUGCCAAGACACGCUGAUCCUCAUUGAGAACGGACCCCAAGUGAGCAUGGUGAUCAGCAAGGGCUGCACCCCCGUGGCGGAUGAGGAUGUCCUCAUCAGGGAGCACAGGGCAGGCCCUGGCGUCGCCAUCCUCUCUUAUACCCACGUGUGCCGGGAGAAAGAUAACUGCAACAGCUUGUCCACCAGCCUCCCACUCUGGACCCUGCCCUCCACCACAGGCCCAGGCUCCCUGCGGUGUCCAGUCUGCUUGUCUACAGAAGACUGUGAUUCUGCCGCAGAGCUGACCUGCCCGGCUGGGAGCACGCACUGCUACCGUGGGGCAAUCCAGGUCACAGGAGGGGAUAUCUUCAGCAUUCUGAGAGUCCAAGGAUGUGCGUCCGAAGCAGGCUGCAACCUGCUCAACGGGACUCGGAGAAUUGGGCCCAUCGAAAUGAGAGAGGACUGCAGCCCUAGCGCUUUCCUCACCUGUCAACGGGGGGUCACUAUAUACAGCAAUCAAGACCUGUCUCAGAACCCCAUCGAGUGGACCACAGGUCACUACGAGCUUUGUAACGUUGGGGAGGUGUGUCAGGAGACACUUCUGCUCGUUGAUGUAGGACUCAAAUCGAUGGUAGUGGGGAGCAAAGGCUGCAGCGCGGGCAGGACGCAGGAUGCCCCGACUAUCACCAUACACUCAGGACCCCCUGGAGUGCUGGUGGCCUCCUAUGCCCAUUUCUGCUCCUCCAAUAGGUGCAACAGGGCCAGCAAUACCAGUGUCCUGUUGAACUCUCUCCCUCCUCCAGCUGCCCCUGCCCCAGGAAAUUUGCAGUGUCCCGUCUGUGUGAACAUCUUUGGAUCCUGCCCAGAAAACCCAGAGAAUGUUAUGUGCCCCAAUGGCACGACUCAUUGUUACAGCGGUUACAUUAAGAUCCAGAAAGGUGGAAUAUACUCUAAAUUGAACAUUCAGGGCUGCGUGACCCAAGCUUCCAGCUCCUUGUUGAACCAUGCCUGGAAAAUCGGGGUCUUCUCUGUGACUGAGAACUCUGAGGACGAGACAGACUUUAUUCUCCAAGCUGGAGCGGCCCCCAUGCCCUUGCUGCCUUGGGUGGUGGGGCUUGGCCUAUCCCUAGCCCUCUGGUGUGGGAUGCCUAUGAUUCUUAGCUCCUUGCUGACCCCCUAAACCAGCCUUCCUUCUGACCUCAUAACCAAGCAGCCUUGGACACCGAAUUAUUUCCUUGUCCUCUCCGUGAAUCAUUAUCCCCCGGCACACCCACAUACUUCAUGGCCUGAUUACAACAUAUGGAAGCAGCUGGGGAAAGCUGAACUUGACCUCUGGGAGAGGUCAAGAGUGGCCACAUGUGUCUGAUAAUAAAGACAUGGUCCUUUCCCUGAA